AUGAUCUCAUCCACAACCGGUCAAAGUGAAUGGGAUCAAAUGUGGCUACAUGGACUUAUUCCUCUCUGCUGUAACCGCACAUGCGAGCACAUGCGAUUCUUUUUCCUGUGCACGCACGAAGUGGGCAGCUUCUUCUCCAAUCUUCCAUUCUUCAACUACAAGGACGCUGGGGAAAGCUCGGACGACCUGGGCAGCUGCGCAAGAGCAGAAUCGCACCAGGGUCAAGGCCGGGGCCGUCCACCAGGGGCGCUCCUCGGUAGUCGCUGCAUGCUAGGGAGCCGCUGCCAGGGCCGUAGCCAUGGAGGCUUGCCAGGCGAGGGCCGAGGGGCAUGGGCUAGCAGGGGUAGGGGCCUGGGGCAGCGCGGCUCGCCGGCGACCCACCAGCCAACGGCGCUUGCGCACACAGGACGUGCAGGGGGGCACGACUGCAGGGACUCGACCAUGGCCAUGCGCUGGGGCCACACAUCGGAGGGAAGGGGAGCCGCGCAGGGGCUCGCCGGGAGGAGACGAACUGCUUGGCAGGGGGCAGAGAGGGCUACUCGCCGGGGAAGAACCCGUGGGGAGGGAGGGAGCAGCCAGAGAGGAAGAGGGAUAAAGGGAGAAGAGGGAGCCUCACUCGGCCACUAA